AUGUCUCCCCUGUGGAGUUCCUCGCGUUGCCCCACAGGCCUCAAUACACUCAUGGUUAACUGCUUCGACGAGACUCAGUUUAUUUUUCCAGAUGUGGCUUGUCUGCAAGAGAUGUCAGUAUUAUUUGCCUGUUUGAAAGCAAAUGACUUCAAUCAAGCAAUGUGUCCCAAGGAAAUCCAGUCUUUUAAAGGCUGCCACAAAAAUUUCAUGGACACCCAAAAGCUAAAGAAAAUUCAGGAGAGGGAGGGUGUGCUUGUCCCUGGGGAGAAGGACUUGUCCCCAAAACAACUCAAUCAGCUUCUAAGGAAAUACCCUCAACCCAAUUGAUUUUUUUCUAGAUAUAUUUGUGUAAUAAAGUGUACAUAUUGAUGUGAGUUUUUCCCUUACGUUUAUGCAAGAAACAAUGAUUCUGUAUAAAAAAUAAUAAGGUACAACUCUAUUGUUCAAGU